AUGACUACGGCUUCCCCCAACCGCCCUGCUGUUUCAAGGGGCCGCACUACACGUCCAGGAAAGGGGACGCCACCAACUGAUGGUGACGUUGAUGACGAUGAUUUGACUUCUCAGACACAGCCCAAGAAGCCACGUCGGGCUGCUGCUUCACAAAGGACGAAGGGUGGUGACGAAGAGAAUGAAUUGCUUGACUUUACUAGCCUGAAACAUGGCAGCUUCAAGCCGGCUACGAUUGAACAGCACUUGAUGGAGCAGAGCCAGAGAGCCAAAAAGUUCAUCCAAGAGUUUAAAGAAAAGAUAGCAACUAGGCAGGACCAGUUCCUUGAGACUCUGGUCAAAUUGAAACAAGUCCUCCAUAACCCAUCUGCACAGGGCGACGACCCGACAAAUAUUUACAUAGCCAUGAGAAGGCUGUCAGCUGCGAUCGAGCCUGUCGCAAUUUCCUUCAAGGAUAACCCUCUAUACGAAGAAACCCAGAAAGUACUGCACCUAAGUCAUGAUCUGCUCCAGCGCCACGAAAAGGCAAACAGUGAAUUCAACCAGAACAGUGCCGCGCUCAAAACUCCACGUGAAAUGUGGAAGCAGGACGAGGAGAGUUUGAAGAAGUUGCUUGAGUGUGGGCGAAUACAUGGUGAGAAAAUCGUGGAAGGAUGGAUUACCCCUGAGGAUGGGAAGAGUCAGGGAGAGAGUGAGGAUGAAGAUGAUGGGGAUGAUGCUAGUCUGGGCGGAAAUCUUGGUGAGGUGAAAGAUCUAGCGAAAGGAUUGUAUAAAUGGAAGAAGGAGGAGUUGAAAGGCGAGGAGGCUUGGGGAGUGGCGGCAAAGAAGCAGAUGGUUGCUUUGGUUGGACUGCUCAAGACGUUGCCUGCUCCCAGAAAGGACUGA